AGGCUGUAUCUGGAAUGCAAUCACUGAUACCUCAGUAAAGACUGAAUCUACUCCAUACUGACUCCUUGAAAGCACAUGUAAUGUGUCAACAAGCCAAGAUCUCAUUUUUCAACAGUGUAGGAUAAUCCAACUGUACUUGGAACGUGUAAGAUUGGCAGGUGCUUAGCAGUGUAAAAAUAAGAUUCACAGUUCUUAAGACAAUUUCCAGUACAGGUGGAAAAAAAAAAAAAUCAAUUUAUUUAAAAUUAGCAACUUGUUCUGCUAGUAAAGUAACUUCAUAGCUGAGUACUUGGGCUGUAUUAAAGUCACAUGCUCAGGCGGUGACACCUUCUUUUUUAAUCUCUCAGAUACUUUUCCUCAAAAUGUAUUUAGACCUAAAGCCCUAGCAGACUUCAGUGAAGACAAAAACAUGAAAGUAAUGGUAUUUCAUCAAUAUAUCAACAUGCACUAUGCUUGUGGGUGUGCCUGUGAACCUGUAGCCUAUGUAGUAUUGCUCUAUUUUAGAGAAGGUUGUAUUUCUGUCAGAUACACAAUCUUCAUUCAAGAUUUCUGCAUGUAGCUGUUAUAGGGAUGUAAGGAAAUCUGCCACGUUUGGCUGUCACAGGUUCACUGGCUGUAUUAAUAGAUAGGAUUAGUGAAUAAGCACAGGUCUGAAGGCUGUAAAGCUCCUGUCCCUUGAGACUUCCUUCUUCAGUUUAUUAGUCUCAUUGAAGAGCUUCUCCAAAUAGUGGGAGCAGAAACAGAAGAAAAGGCUGAAUUUAUUUUAUUUUACCUGGCAUUUGGGAUAUAGUGGGGUAAAGGCAAGUUCUAGGUCAUAGGCUUUGUUGACAAUGUCUCUCCAGUUGUCUCCACAGGCACCCUGGAGGAACAACAACAUCAGUUUUCUGAGCAGAGAGGCUGCUGUCACGGAACAAGGAGAGACUAUUAUAGGCUUCUACCUACUGGCUUUAGGUUGGCUGUCUUGGUUUGGAAACAGCAUUGUGAUUUUUGUCCUGUAUAAACAAAGACAUCUUCUGCAGCCCACUGACUACCUCACUUUUAACUUGGCAAUAUCAGAUGCUGGCAUCUCUGUGUUUGGUUAUUCACGGGGGAUCAUUGAAAUCUUCAAUGUUUUCAGAGAUGAUGGAUUCAUUAUCACAUCAAUAUGGACUUGCCAGGUUGACGGCUUCCUGACACUUCUCUUUGGCCUGGCUAGCAUUAAUACCCUUACAGUGAUCAGUGUGACUCGCUACAUAAAAGGCUGCCAUCCUGAGAGAGGUCACUGUAUCAGCAACAGCAGCAUGACGGUGGCUCUGGUUCUCAUCUGGAUAGCAGCUUUCUUCUGGUCAGCAGCUCCAUUGCUUGGCUGGGGAAGUUACACAGAUCGCAUGUAUGGAACAUGUGAAAUAGACUGGGCAAAAGCCAACUUCUCUACAAUCUACAAGUCCUACAUUGUCUCAGUUUUUAUCUGCUGUUUCUUCCUACCUGUGACAGUCAUGGUCUUCUCAUAUGUGUCGAUUAUCAAUACCGUCAAACUAAGCCAUGCAUUAACAGGACUCAGUGAUCCCACAGACAGACAGAGGAGAAUGGAGCGGGAUGUCACCAGGGUUUCUAUUGUCAUUUGCACAGCCUUCAUUAUUGCAUGGUCACCAUAUGCUGUCAUCUCUAUAUGGUCUGCCUAUGGUCACCCCGUGCCCAAUCUUACCAGCAUCCUUGCCAGUUUGUUUGCUAAGUCUGCCAGUUUCUACAAUCCCAUUAUCUACUUUGGAAUGAGCUCCAAGUUUCGGAGGGACAUUUUUGUCUUGUUUCAUUGCACCAAGGAAGUCAAGGACCCUGUGAAGCUCAAACGUUUCAAAAACCUGAAGCAAAAACAAGAGCCUUCUCAGAAAGAAGAGAAGCAUGCAGCAGAAAUGCACCCUGCACCGAGCCCUGAUUCUGGGGUGGGAAGUCCAAGCAACACUCCACCUCCAGCAAACAGGGAAGAAUAUUUUGGUAUUCAUGAUACACCAUCUAAUAACCCUGACAUUGAAUGUGAUAGACUGUGAGUUUUGUGGCCACUUAACACACUCACCCACUUUGUGUCCAGGAAGACCCUCUUCAGAUCACUGCUCAAGUGCUCUCCCAACUCCCGAUCCAUCUGUUUCUUGCUAUAGCACUGAUGAUUAUGCAACUCAAGCAAAUCAGAUGACAAAGUGAUAUUUUCCUUCUGUGUAGGUACAAAAUGCUACAAAGUACAUUACAAUGUGGGCAGCACACCCGGUGCCAGAAACAUUCCAUUUUCACAUAUAUGCAAGAAAAGGAAGGCUGACUUGUGAAGACAAGGUAUUAGCUAGCAAAAAAAAUCGCUAAUGUUCCCAUCCAGAUGGUAUUAAUUAUGAGAUUACAUUUCCAAAUGUAUUUUUUACUCUUCAACAGUCCCAGCCAUAGAGG